GCGACACCACCAUCAUCAUUGCUGCCACCAAAGCAGUCCAGUAAUCAGCCACGAAUGAGUAAUUUCAAGGACAUACUGAAAAGAUGGCAAGUGAUCGUGCACUGCAGCAGCAACAGCAACGACUUAAACUCGGAACAACCACUAACGAAUCACAUCAGGAGCUUAAUACACAAGAUUCCGGCCGAUCGUCUGAAACUGCCUUUUCCGAACGCGAUUAUCGCUUGA